AUGGCGCUGGCGACGAGGAACAAGGGCGUGGAAGGAAAGAUGUUGUCAGCUUCAAGUGCUUGGAAGGAGUUGAGGAACAAAAGCGUGAAACAUCGAUUGUUGUCGGUCGCUUCAGGCUUACCGGGUGACCGUGCGGGUGUGGCAAGGUUCCAAGAUGGGAGCUAUAACUGUCGGCAUGUAUUGAAAGAUCAUACUGCUGAGGUGUUGGAGUCAGCAAAACGUCUUCAUUUGAAGGAACAUGCUGUAUGUGAUGAUUCUGGAAACAUUUUCAAAUUAGCUGCACCAGUGGAAUGCAAGGGUAUUGUGGGUAGCAAUGACAGGCACUAUCUUCUUGACUUGAUGAGAGUAACUCCUCGUGUUGCAAACUAUACUGGACUUGGAUCUCGAUUUUGUAUUUUGAGACAGGAACUAGUCACAGCUUUUUGCCAGGCCCAGGAUGCAGGAAGAUCGAAACAGAGUUCAAGCUCUAAUACUGUCCGUGACUCACCAACUGAUUCUUUAAGAGUUGCCAGAGAUAACGGGCUUGGGAAUGCUGAUGCUGGUGUUGGAGGAUUUUCCGACAGUAAGGUAGUUACCCUAUCUUUCCCCUUCAAUUGGUAUUGGGCAAUUAUAGUUUAGUUCUAUCCAAGCAUUUGUAAACUUGGCAUUAUAUCCCCUGAAUAUCACAUCAGGGCAUUGUGUA